AUGUCAGCAAGUAGCACUUCAUCUUGGUCAGACAAAAGCGAACAAAAAGUUUUCAAAUGUAGCGCAAAAGCGGCUACAAAACACCCAUUUUCCAUACUCAUGAUUGGCAAUACCAACUGGAGUACUCAACUGACAGAAGCAUUAGUUGAAUACCAUGAAAACAACCAUAUUUCUAAAAUUCAAGUACACAAGGCACAGAGUGUAAAAUCAGCCCUUUCUACACUGUCCAAUGUUUAUGCAGAUCUUGUAAUUAUUUUGUUGGAUAUAAGUAAGAAUGAUUGUUUAGUUGAUGUAGAAGUUAAUUUAUUAGCCCUAGAACCAGCAUUAUUAUGUGGCAGAACCAUUUUAGUUAACCCAAUAAACAGUAUUAAGCGUAAAGAUAUGGGAGUUUCUUAUGAAAAUAUUGACAAUCUUAAAAGAAAAUAUAACUUACUUAUUAUACAUGGAAAUAUAGAGAAUUACAUAAGUAGAAUGUUUUUAGCUAGAAGAAUCAUGGUUUAUUCCUACAAAAUCAAUAAAAACGGUUUACCAAAUAUUUUAGAGUUUAAUUCGGUUGAUAUGUAG